UAUUCACAGUCUUGGGUGGUCUGGGUGGUCUGUAUCAGCACCAGGACUUUCUCUUUUAUAAAUACUUACAUUUACCCAAGUGUCGACAGAUUUACUUUCAGAGACGUGAGAGAGAGAGAGAGGGAGAUCUUCUAACACUCACAGAUGAUGUUGGCUUCACUCGCGUGUUUAUAAGAAGAUGGAAAAAAAACAAGUGGGUGAAAAUAAUGAGUUCUUUUUGUAACAGGCAGAAAAAAGAAGAGAGAGAUUUGUUCACAUAAUUUACUUCUCUUUGUCGUGAGUGACUUCAGGAUUGAAAGUCACCGUCUGACAUUAAGGAAAGUUUAAGGUUUUUUGGUCACGUUCUUUUUCUUCUUUUGACAGUAAAUUCUCUGACUUUUAGACAAACUUUAUUUAAGGAACCAUCAAGAACUUCAAACACAAACAGACAAUGAUCCAUUAGUGACAGUGACCCAGGGCACCAGGUGGCACCAGUCAAAGACUAAUGACAGAGACACAGGUGAGUGUGAUCACACUAACUAACUCCACCCAGAGGACGAGACCGGAAGUGGAAAACACACAGACCUAAAUGUUAGGUCUGUGUGUUUUCCACUUCCGGUCCGGUGAAUUUUCGUCUUCCACAUCAGGAAAGAACAGGGAAACGGUCAGAGAUUCUCAAAGGUCUCAAAGAUUGAAUAUAAAUAUAAAACCUAAUUCAUUCAAAGGGUGUUUCUGGAACAGACGUUUAUUAUGAUGAUUGUUAUCAUUCUCAUUAUUACUGUAGUAACCGACACACUCCUCUGUCUCUCUUCUCUCUCUCUCGCGUCACACUACACAAGCGCACGCGUACACACACACACGUAUAAUCGCUAUAGUCGUAGUAACAGCAGGGGGCGCAGCAGCAGGUUUGUGUCUCGCUCUCUCUCCCCGUGCGUCAGCACAGAUUUCCCCGGGAUUCACCGUGAUGACCAGACUCCGAACUUUCUCCGACUUCGUGUUUUGAUUCCUUGGCUCCCUCCUGACCCUGGAUCAGAUCUCCACCCUCACAUGGCUCUUCAGCAGCAGCAGCAGGGGCAGCAGGGGCGAGUGUGUGCGGGGAAACCCUGGAUUAAUGUUUGGACCACGGAGGUACCUGUGCGGGGGAGAGGAGCAGUGAGCGCCGCGGUGUAGGACCCGUGGAUCAGACUCCGUGGAGUGAAACUCUCACUCAGCUCUACAUCUGUCACCGUCCGGUUCCAUCAACAUCAUUCAGACAAGGGGCCACGGAGGUACAGUGUCUGGGGUGGAGGGGCUCCAAGCCUUUCUCUAACUGGAUAAGGGUCCACUCAUUAGAAGCUAAAAGGUCAAGAGGUCAUCUCACAUGGUCAAGUGGAUAGAUAGGACAGCCCCCCCUCCCCUCCUGUGGACUGAAGCUGGUGUUGAAGACUUCGCUGAGCUGUGAGGAGACACAGAUCGGGUUUUUUCUACCUCACGGGACCAGUGGACGGUGGACACAGAGGACGCGUUGUGUUGAGAAUGUCAGCACCACUCAAGUGUCCGCUCAUGUAAAAGCUCUGGGGUUUUUUUUUUUGUUUUUUUUUACUACACACAAGCGUCAUCUCCCAGGAUCCAGGAGGAGUCAUGCAGCGAGUCUGUGUCUGGAGUUUCAGACUUUCUCUGCUGCUGCUGCUCGGCUCAGAUUCCCUGAAGUGUCAACACACAGAACAGGAACAGGUUCACCAGCAGGAGGAGCCGCAGCAGCAGCAGGAGGUCAGAGCCGUGCACGGAGAAAUCCGCGGCUCUUGGGGGGCCUGGGGCUCCUGGUCCUCCUGCUCCCGCACCUGUGGAGGGGGGGUGCAGGAGCAGAGCAGGCCCUGUCUGCCCGUGUACACGCCAACCCAAAACGCCAGAAGAACCGGAGGUGGGAAUCCACAACAUCAGGGUCACGUGACCUCCGCGCUCCAGCCGACAGUUUUACAGACAGGUGGCAGAUUCACCAACAGCAGUCGGAAAGAUCUGCGACCGGGAGGACGGAGGUACGAGUCACGGAGGCUCAGUCAGUUCGUUCCAGGGAGGUACGGCUACGGAACAGCUCCUUAUGGAGGAAGAACUCACCCUCACAGACAGAGACGCUCCCCUGUGGGUGACUACAACCUCCCCACUGUCAGGGGUCGCGCCAGUCAUAGGUCAAACAGCAUCGAUCGCCCCAACACCCUGCAUCGCAGCAGCGUUCCCUACGUACGACCCAGACUGCAGCAGCCCACAAAUAACCAGGUCUGGGCCCCGCUUUACCAGCCCGGUCCAGUCAGCAGGGCCAAUCAGGAGCCGCAGUCCGGCAGCCAGACAUCGGCUGGACAACAACAGCAGCAUCAGCAGCAGCAGCAGCAUCAACAGCAGCAGCAGAGACCCUACAGUCCUUUAUCUUCUUCAUUCUGUGCAGGGGAGAGCGCCCACUACAGGAUCUGUAACAGUGAUGCCUGUCCUCCGUCCAGCAGACACUUCAGGGCUGUUCAAUGUUCUUAUCACAACAACCGACCUUUCAUGGGACGACUGUACGAAUGGGAACCUUUCAACGAGGUUCCUGCAGAUCAACACUGCGAGCUCAACUGCCGAGCCAAAGGGUUCAGGUUCUACGUACGCCAGUCAGACAGGGUGAUCGACGGGACGCCGUGUGGACAGAACAGUACGGCUACGUGUGUGGCGGGAAAGUGUUCGAGUCUAGGCUGCGAUGACUACCUCGGGUCGGGAAAGGUGGUGGACAAGUGUGGAGUGUGUGGAGGUGACAACACCACCUGUCGGCUGAUCUCCGGGGUCUUCAAACACAGUUUGUCUAAGAUUGGCUAUCACAAGAUCGUGGAGAUCCCUGAAGGUGCCACCAAGAUCAACGUCACAGAAAUGCUGAAGAGCAGGAACUACCUGGCUCUACGUAGUCGAUCGGGGAGAUCCAUCAUCAAUGGCAACUGGGCUAUCGACCGACCGGGGAGGUACGAGGGCGCGGGCACCAUGUUCACCUAUCGGCGCCCCAAUGAAAUCAGCAGCACAGCCGGGGAGUCUUUUCUGGCUGAAGGGCCCACCAAUGAGGUCCUGGAAGUUUACAUGAUCUUCCAGCAGCCAAACCCUGGUGUUCAUUAUGAGUACAUUCUCCCCUCUGAGAGAGCAGCUGGGCCUCAGCAACCAAACCACAGACCACAGGGAAACACUGUGACAGAGCAGGGGGGGCACGGCCAUCAUCAGAGCAGCACUCACCAGGAGAACUUUGGCACAGCCAGUGGUGACAGAAUCCCUUCUCCCCUUCCAGACAACCAGGUACCUAAUGUGCCACCAGCCAGACGUGACAGAGACUUCAACUGGAAAAUGACUGGUGUCACUGAGUGCAGCGCCUCCUGUGGCAAAGGAUUUCGAUAUCCCAACUUUCAGUGUGUCCAUCGACUGACCCAUGUCCAGGUGUCAGAUGCCAUGUGUGACAGCAGCAGCAAACCGACUCCACAGGAAGAGGCCUGUAACCUGCAGCCCUGUCCGGCAUUCUGGGAUAUUGGAGAGUGGUCAGAGUGCAGUAAAACCUGUGGCCUGGGAAUGCAGCACCGACAGGUCCUGUGUCGGCAGGUUUACGCUAACCGCACACUCAAUGUCCACACGAGCCACUGCCGACACCUGGAGAAGCCAGAAACCGCCAGCACCUGCCAGCUGAAGAUCUGCAGCGAGUGGCAGAUCCGCACGGACUGGAGCGCCUGCUCUGUGCCAUGUGGGCUAGGUCAGAGGUCAAGAGAGGUACGCUGUGUCAGCAACGUGGGUGACUUUGUCCCAGAUGAGGAGUGCAACAUGAGUCUGCGGCCCACGGAUGUGGAGAACUGUGACAUGGGGGCAUGUGCCAAGAGCUGGUUUUACACUGAGUGGGGCAACAGGUGUUCUGCUGAAUGUGGGUUAGGUGUACGGACGAGGGGGGUCCUCUGUUUGACCAAUCACAUCAGCAGCCUACCUCUGGAGGGGUGUGGCAGUGAGCGGCCCACCGAUUCUCAGGCCUGCAACAACGGCCCAUGUGAAAAUCGCAUCGAGUGGUUCACUGGACCCUGGAGUCAGUGCUCAGCAGAGUGUGGUGCGGGCAGCCAGCAGAGGGCAGUGGUGUGUCUGAUGAGGUCCGAUGAAGGAUUCACCGUCAUGCCACCGUACGAGUGCUCGUCACUGGAGCGGCCCCUCAGUCAGCAGAGUUGUAACCUCAAGGCCUGUGGAGCAAAGUGGUACUACACUGAAUGGAGUGCCUGCUCAAAGACGUGUGAAGGAGGAUUCCGAGUUCGAGAGGUUCGAUGUCUGUCAGAUGACAUGCUGUCCAGCAACGACUGUGACGAGCUGCUGCGCCCUACGGACAAGGAGGACUGUAACCCCGAGCCCUGCGUACCUCAAAUAGAUGAGAACUGCAAGGACAAGUACUACAACUGUAACGUGGUGGUUCAAGCUCGCCUCUGCGUCUACGAUUACUACAAGACGACGUGCUGCGCUUCGUGCUUACGCGUGGCCCACAGACAGUCCAUCCAUCGCGGCCGCAGCUAGCACCUCCCUAACGUCAUGUUGGACUGUACCCAGUGCAGGCGCUCUAGUCCUAAGCAAGACACAGGAGUGGACCGGCUAAACUUUAGCUAAAAGGGGGAUAUUAGUUAUGUUGCUAAAGAUGGAAGCUAAGAGAAAAAUCUGGCUCAGUUUGAGUCAAUUGCUGAGGAAAGGAAGUGAGCAGACAACCAGAGAUGUGAUUGGACGAAUGACGCCGGGAGCAAAACAGAGAAGACGGAAAGACAGGAAAAUGGAUUAAUGAGAAUAAGAAAGAACUGUUUUCUGCUGUUGUUUUGAUGACGGCAGUU